AUGCAGCACGCCCGAUGGACCACUGGCAACAAGGCAAAGGCCUCGUUAGCCGAAAAUGAUGAUCUAACUGCAUAUCUACGAAAGUCGCCUGAAGCGUCUGCUCCAAUGGGUAGAGUUCAACCGAAAUCAUCAACACUCACUGUUGGUAACAUGUCGUUAAACACUCCAGGCAGCACGCUCACUGUUGGUAAGAACAAGGUCACCACAUCUACUGGUAUCAGAAAUGCUACGACGUUUCGAAGCUUUACAGAUCCAAUUGCUUACAACUUGAAUAAAAGUACCCCGAGACACAUUCAUUCUGGACAAACAAGCGUGACUCCUCUGGCAGAAGACACCAGCCUGGAUGAUCCAGUUCAACUUACCGUCUGGUUUCACGAGCCUCGUUCUUACACUGAGGAUGUUGUCAUUGACGCAAAUGCAGUUCCUGGGAUGAAAGAAGGCUGCAUCUAUAGUUUGGAGCCUAUCAUCAAAGAUGAAGUUCGGAAGGGAAAGCUGAGACGACUCAUAUUUAUUGCAUCCAAGCAAAGCUUUAUAAGGGAAUCCAACACAAAAGCAAAGACAAAUCUUCAAAUAUCCCUUCUAUCAAACCCUCUUCAAAAGCUACUAGACGUUCCUCCAAGAUCUCCAGUUCAACUACAGCGCAUUAGAGAUCCUUCUGAAGUUGAGCUCGAUACAGUUGAAAUAUAUCUCAAGGAUGUGAACUUUCCAAGAGACUCACAAUGGGGGUUAGCUUCAUCAUUUGUUGGCAAAUGCUGUUAUUUGGAUCAACGGGUUCUCUAUCUAGGAAGUCGAGUGGGUCAGAUAAGACUGACAUUCAAAGAUGGGAAGAAAUUGUACAGUGGUUACGUCAGCCAGAAGACAAAUAUCAUCUUCCGCUCAGAAAGCUCCAAAAUGGUGUUCCUCGUGCAAAUGUCCAGAGAAAUGUGGAACUUUGAGGAGAACGGAGAGAUCAUGUUCCAUAAGCUUGUCAAUACCCUCUUCCCAAAGAUUUUCAAGAAGUGGCUAACAGCAAGCUCACAUCAUUCUAUAACAAUUGUUCUAUUUACUAGCGUGGAUCUCACGCAAAUCCCAUGGAUUUCAUUGGGCCCAGGUGAACGUCCUUCGAAAUAUCAGGAAUACUAUAGAGUGGUUGUCGACCAAGUAAGUGUCUUCAGCUGGGAUCGAAUCAUGGCAAGUUUGAGAUUAGAGUUUGCCAACUUUAAGCGUGAUGUCUUGAUCCACCUAGUCGACGGCUACUACAAGGUGUCUGGUGAGCCAUGCCCCGCAGUUAAAGGUAACGUCCUAGAGGCGGUUAAUUUGACUAUCAGUUUGGUUUGUGACAGAUUCAGAAAUACUGACCUAAGGCAUACCGUCAACCACAUGAUAGUCAUUACAGCUGGAACGGGACUUUACGACGUUGACUAUGAUUUAAUGCUUGAGAUUUCAAAGAAGAUGUUCAGCUUGGACUGUGCUUUGGACAUCGUAUCCUUGAGCCAACCUCCGCUACAUACCGUGCCAUUGUUAAGAUACAGAGAUACUACCGGAUUGGUUGGUCACUGUGUUCCUAAAUGGUGUGACAUUUCAUUCUACACAGACACGGACGAGUGGGCUUCACAGUGGAUUCCCCGCUGUAAAAUUUACGAGCUACAAAUGAUGGGUGUUAUGGAGAAUGAAGUCAACGAAGUUCUCAUUGAUCGCUUGCAAUUGAAAAAUGACAUUCCCGUUGUGGAAGCAAUGGACAAUUACGACGACGAACAGUUUAAACCAGUGGAAACAAACUCAAGAACGAUACCGGUGAAAAAGACACACUCGGGUAAAAUACUUUUGGGCAAAAAGAGUACUGCUACGUUAUCUUUAAUGGGCAAGUUCCCCUUAUCAACGAUUAAUACACCACAGCUUGCACCCGACAAUGCCAAAUCAAACGUUUCAACGACGACUUCUGCCGUUCAUGGCACAGUUCUGAACAUACCUUCGAAUACUUCAGCCUUGUCUACUUUAUACACUUUGAACAAGACGAGUGACGAACCAAGACAGACUGCCGCACCCCCUGCGAAGCGCUCAAACCAAAUAGCAAAGUCAAACGCUAGCAUAUCACUGACUUCAAGAUAUCAACCUCCAAGGAAGAUCGAAAGAAUAAUGAGGCCUCAAAUACUUAAACCCGCAGAUAUAAAGAAGAAGAGCAAACGGAGGUCUAAUGACAGCGGAAGUAUUAGGAAGCUGGGCAAAUCGAAGAAGGUAUCACCAGAAGAAAAAGAUCUCGAAGAUAGACUUAAGAAUAAUCCCUAUUGGAUGAAGAUCAUGAAUCCUUCCAAAGAGACGGCGUCGGAGAGUAUUCGUUGCAGUCGUUGGUCAGACGUCUUUCCGCCUAAAAUCAAAAGGAGACUUGUCAAGUGGAGAUCGUUGAAGGCGCCUGCAGCUUUGCCGAUAGCCACUACUCUCUUCCCCACGUUUAAAGAACUCGAGACUGAAUACACCUUUCAGAUCUAUGUUGUAUCGCUUAACUACGAGAACAAGUUAGAGCUAAGAACGACACACCAGCUUAUGCGUGAAAUGAUCCGUUUAAGACUUGCAACCGGGUUUCAAAUUUGCGAAGGAGAGAGAGUCAGAAAUGCCGAAGGCGAACGCAAACCAAGUGGAAGCCCCGAAAGCUUGAUAAAGUAUAUGCCAAAGGGUGACUGUACCGGUGCUAGAAUAUAUUUGUCGCUCAAUGACGAGAUCCACAGAAUAUUCUGCGACUAUAACGGUACUCUCAAUGUACAGUUGUACCGAAGGACAAAGGCAAGUGAAGCUCCAAAGAAUACAUUUGGUCGUCAAAGAAAAGAUGAGACACAUACUCCGCUUAUCAGAACUCGAUAUGCUGACGAUUAUGCACCUUCUUUGAUAACCGCCCUGGACACGAAGCCCCAUAUGUACAAUUGGAACCAGUUUGAUCAGCUCUUAGCCGGAUAUGACGAUGCAGUCGGUGAAUCAAGGGAAUUUCAUAAAAUGAAGUUCGUUGUGAUACCUGGUGAUAUGCCUCAGAACGCUUAUCACGUUACGAAUGACAACUUGUCAGAUGAAGAGAUCAGGGUCGAAGGAUUGAGAAAAUUAAUCUCUCUCAUAGAGCGUGGAAGGUAUGUUCGUCUGGACGAGAAAAAAACAAAGAAGAAAGAAGAAAUUUUGCCAGAAAUCAGCUUCUACACGGGGAACUUGUUUGACUUUCUUAACGAGCAAGCAGAGAUGUUUGCGAUGAGUGGAACCCAGCCUACGAAUUCUUUGAUGGUGUCUGAUUCCAAGUUCAAUACGAACAUCAAGCUCAGUACUCUCGCUGAGAGACUUCAGGCUCCUGGUGGGCUCAGGUUGGUUGACCGUACUUGGCACUUCAAAAUUCAUCCACUGUGUUUUGUAGGCCAGGAAUUGGUUUCUUGGUUGAUCGAGUAUUUCGAUGACAUAGAUAACCGAGAAGAAGCCACCACUUACGGCCAGAGCCUUAUGGAUGAAGGAUUAUUCACCCACGUGGAGAAUAGACAUGGCUUCCUCGAUGGGCACUACUUUUAUGAGUUGACCGAGGGCUUUGCUAAGCCAUCAGCCAGCUCAACUAAAGGUUCUAGCGGUUGGUUCAGGAAGAAGGGUAAUAACGAGACAGACAAACAAGAGGAUGUUACACAACAGAUUUCCAAUACGUCAGGUCACACUCGGAAUAAUUCAGAUACCAUGUCUUCAUUAUCAGGAAUUGAGAAUCUUUCAGCAGUCAGAAAGAUGAUCCCGCAGUUCACGAACUACGAUAGCGAGAGUUCAUCCUUGACAGAUUCGCAGAAGGUUAGAAAGCUGAAGAAGUUCAUUAUUAGCAAGCACGUCAGAUACGACUGCGACCCUUUAAAGAAGUCGUUUAGAACAGAGUUGUUGGAUGUUCACUACGACAGAGUCCAUAAUCCAGAACACUGUUAUCAUAUUCGACUCCAGUGGUUGAAUACCACCAACAAAUUUAUCGACGAAGCCAUCAUCAGCUGGUCAAGACUAUGUGAGAGGUAUGGAUUGAAAUUAGUCGAGACGCCAUGGCGAGAACUCUGUACUCUCCCAAGGCUUAACCCAUACCACUCCUUCGUCGAUUUAAAACUAGUUGUGAAUCCUGUCCAAGAUCCUGAAUUCAACGAGACGCCUGAGUUCCACGAGAAUAAGUUCUACUACCAUCUCCACCUUUUGAGGAAGGCUGGUUUCUUACUUGAUAACAGAGGUUCGAAUUUCUUCCAGAAGGAGAAUAUUGAGAUCCAAUACAGUUGGGGUUUGCCAGCAUUUAAGUAUGCCCAAUUCAUUCACAAAACUGGAGCUUAUAUUGUUGAGUUGCGAGAUUCUGGGGAUUUCUUCAUGGCCCCAAAUAACGUUCAUAUUCUUAGAGUGAACACGCUUAUCAGUGCAAUCCCAGAACAAAACAGCAACUUGAAGAAUUAUGUUUUCGACUCACAGAAAGUCAUGAUGGACUUCCGAGAGCUGUGUAAGAAUGAAGAGUACUUACGCAACAUUUUCAGGGAGGCGAAGAAAGGUGAUAGAGAAGACUACGAUUACAUGAUAGGAUAG